CGAGCGCUCAAUUGCCGGUUGUAACGCGUGUUUUCAAAACAAACUCGAUUUGUUAAGUUUUCGUGAGUUUCGUUAAGUCCGAAGUGAAUAGUUGUUUUCGUCGGGUGCAACUAUUUAAUCGUGCAGUAUUGCAUUGUUUUCCUGUUUUUCAGUGUUAGUGCGUGUUGUGUUUUUUAAUUUUAAGAGGGACCCAAAGAUGGAUUAGGAUUAACAUGGAUGUUAAUCCUAAUUUAAGAAAGCCGGCGAACUAAACUCCAAAAUGAGAGGGAUGCUGCCGUCUCUACGUAAUCAUUUGUUGGACUGUAGCGAUCGUGCAUAAGAUGAUAUUUCGACGGGGUCGACAAACUUGCAACUAUUGUACUUUCAAAACGAUAUAUUUUCAAUUUCUGUGCAUCAAUAUGCAUGUCGGUUCGCUGCUUAUUCUGCUAGGAAUUUUCAGUUUCAUUAAUGGUGGGAAAUAUGAAGUGAAUCCCGACGCCAAGAGGCUUUACGAUGAUCUGCUAUCAAAUUACAACAGGCUUAUUCGCCCUGUUAUUAAUAAUACUGAGACGCUAACUGUGGGAUUGCGACUGAAAUUAUCGCAGUUAAUUGAAAUGAAUUUAAAAAAUCAAGUUAUGACGACAAAUGUGUGGGUCGAACAGAAAUGGUUCGAUUAUAAAUUGAGAUGGGAACCUUCUGAGUACGGUGGAGUUGAUAUGCUCUAUGUUCCCUCGGAAAAUAUUUGGCUGCCAGACAUUGUAUUGUAUAAUAAUGCAGAUGGAAAUUAUGAAGUAACGCUAAUGACAAAAGCUACAUUAAGGUAUACAGGGGAAGUGUCAUGGAAACCUCCAGCUAUUUAUAAAUCUUCCUGUGAAAUAAACGUCGAAUACUUCCCUUUCGAUGAACAAUCUUGCGUCAUGAAAUUUGGAUCUUGGACUUACAAUGGUGCUCAGGUUGACUUAAAGCAUAUGGAACAAGUAGCUGGAAGUAACGUGGUAGCUAUAGGAAUCGAUCUAAGCGACUUCUAUUUAUCAGUUGAAUGGGAUAUUUUGGAAGUACCAGCUUCUCGAAACGAAGAAUAUUAUCCGUGUUGUUCAGAGCCAUAUUCAGAUAUCACAUUCAAUAUUACAAUGAGAAGAAAAACAUUGUUCUACACAGUAAAUUUGAUAAUACCAUGUGUGGGCAUCACGUUCCUGACAGUCUUAGUAUUUUAUUUACCCAGUGAUUCCGGUGAAAAGGUAUCACUGUGUUCUUCGAUACUCCUGUCACUCACUGUGUUCUUCUUGCUUCUGGCAGAAAUUAUCCCACCGACUUCUUUAGCCAUUCCUUUGCUUGGAAAAUAUUUGCUAUUUACUAUGAUUCUCGUUACUCUUUCCAUUUGGAUAACUGUGUGUGUUCUCAACGUCCACUUUAGGUCCCCAUCAACACAUAAAAUGUCACCAUGGGUAAGAAGAGUAUUUCUAAACUGGAUGCCUCGGAUAUUAAUGAUGCGAAGGACGCCAUAUUCCACUCCAGACUACGAUGAUACUUGUCUGGAUAGCGGCUACACAAAUGAAGUUGACUUUAGUUUCCGAGAUAGUAUAAGUGAUUAUCCACUCGACCUAAAAGAAAGCCCUGAUGGAUUUGAAAGCGUUACUUCAACCUACAAAAAUAUUAGGGAAGACGAAGGUCGGCAUAUUCCUCAUGCGUCUGUUACUGACAGUGAGAAUACAAUGCCGAGACAUUUAUCACCGGAUGUAAUAGCAGCCCUUAAGGGGGUACGCUUUAUCGCCCAACAUAUCAAAGAUGCGGAUAAAGAUAAUGAGGUGAUAGAAGAUUGGAAAUUUGUAGCUAUGGUUCUUGACAGAUUUUUUCUGUGGAUAUUCACUUUGGCAUGCAUUGGUGGAACAUUAGGCAUCAUAUUUCAAGCACCAAGCUUGUAUGACACACGUGAACCUGUGGAUCAAAAGCUUUCCUCAAUUCCCUUACGCAAUUACAUGCUGCCACCGAAUGUGCCAACACAAACAAUUUACGAAGAAGAAUAAAAUAUCUUAAUUGAUUUUUCACAUAUGAAAACAGAUGAAUGUAAUUUGACUUUUUUAUUUCGUUUAGAAUUCUUCAUGUAUUUUUACAAAUGUUACUUUAGAAAAAAACUAUUACUGAUAAUAAUAGAGUACUUUAGAAAAUUAUUCCUUCACUUGGGAACAGCCCUUAUCUUACAAUUUUAAACGAAUUUUGGAUUAAGAAUGUUAUUCCAAACCAUUUGAAUGUACUCCGAUUAACCAAUUUUUUUGGAAACGUACACGGUCUGAUCUAUGCGAAUCACUUGACAGGACGAUACAAAUAAGUUAUCUUAUGUUGAAUCAAUCAAUUGUUGUUUUUGCUUUGUUUGUUAUUAGGGUUACGUCCAAAACAAAAGACGAGGGUAAUUCGGAAAAAUGAGGAGAGAGAGAGACCAGUCUUGCUGAUUGUGUCAGGCUGGUGAGACCUGACCAGUUAUUUGUUUUGUGGGUUCGUUGACACUAAUAAUCCAAAAGGGAUUGCGUUUAGCAAAGUGUUUGAAAUAAAAAAGGUGUAUUCAAG